AUGCUUGCGCAGACGCCCAAGCUCAAGAAUAUGUUCUACGCGUGUUAUCUUCCCGCUUUUGAAUGCGACUUUGAUGUCGAUGAGCUGAGAAGAGGACUGGAGCACGUUCGCCAUUCCUUGACCAAAUUGACGCUCAACUUGACUAUUAUGCAAAGAGGCCUUAUUGAUUUCUCAGAUCGUGAAUGGCUAUUGACUCGCGGCCGCAUCGACAAUCUUCGAGAGUUUCUGUCCCUGACAAAUCUUGAAAUUCCUCUCGCCUUUCUUCAUGGUCAUAAACCAUCAGACAAUUGGCAACCAUUAGCCGAUCUCUUGCCACCAAAUCUCACCUCUCUCGCCCUCAGAGACGAACUAUGGAACGAUCAUACCACCUUCCAAGAUAUCUACACCGAAAAAGCAAUCCGGAAUCUGAUGCGGGCGUUCCUCGGCUCCGGCUCUAGAUCAUCAACCCUCAGUCUCCGCCACGUCUACUUCUAUCGCUACCCCGCGAUAUGGGACUAUGACAACCUCUCCAAGGGCCCUGAGAAGGGAUACUACGAGGAUUGGAAGCCUGUGGAUGACAAGUACGGCAGCCGAUGGGUUCUUGCGGAGAGAUAG